UUUGAUCACUUUAAUCUACUUGCUCUGCUCUUACUAUUUCUAUUCAUACCCUAUGAUUUUUUUAUGACUGAUUCUUUGAUUUAUCCGAUUAGGCAUCAGUUCUUUAGCUUAAAGCUUUAUUGCAACCAAACCAUCAAUGAUCCUAUAUUCUUACACAAGGGUGCAUUAUUUCUACCAGCCAAUCAUAAAAAUUCUCCAAACCAGUAAAACAGAAAAAAAUAUAUGUGUUCUUUUCAACAUCUCCUGUUCUCAGGCAUAUUCGAGAGGGUCCCACAUCCUGUAAACUUUUCUCCUCCACACUUCUCUUUCCAUAUCAAUUAACUGUCACCUAUUUCUUUUCGUUUUCCUAUUCCUGAGCACGUUUCCAGCUCUCUUCUUUUCAGAUAUCCAAAUCUACUUCAUUGACCUACUCUGUUUCUGUUCGCAUUCUCCCCAUUCCUUCUUCCACCUUAAUCCUCUGUCGCUUUUUUCAUCUCUGGUGUCUUUAUGUCUGCGCAUAAGUUACUACUGGAUCUCAACAGCAGUGAUGGUAUGAAGACCGUUCUGAAGUUGCGGCUGGUACAUAUUUGGGGUUCAUAUGCCCCAAAUAAUCCCUUAGUUAUCUGUGACUAUUGCACUCUUUGGGUCGAUGAACAAGGAGUUUUAGUUCAGGGCAUCGCUCCAGCAGAAUUGGUUUGUCAUUUUGCUCUAAUCCUCAAAGUGAACUGUGUCUAUUUAGUUGGUAACUUCCACGUCCAAACACACAGUUCAGUGCACAGUGCGUGCUCGCACAAACUCAACAUGGUUCUUUCUGAGAAUACGUCAUUUCACGAUGUUACCAUCCUAUCACCCAACUUUUGUACCAAUUCAUUUGAGUUUGUUCGGUUCAAUACCUUACGCUCUCUUACUCAUUCAUCAAGCCAUCUCGCAGACGUUGUUGGUGUUGUUGUCGCUGUAACUGGACUAUCAUGUUCUAUUAUGCCUUAUGGUCUCAUCCCAAAACGAAAGCUGGUUAUUAAGGAUGAAAGUAAUGUGCUGUUGCAUAUUACCCUGUGGGGUGAAGUUGCGCGAUCUUUGGAUGAUGAAGAGCUAGCGUACCUUGGUCGAUCUGAUAAAGUUAUACUGGGGGUCUGCAGUUUGCAAGUUACCAGCACUACCAAAGAAGGAUUCUCUUGUCUAGCACAUCAGUCAUUUGUUUGAGGAAACAAGUACGAUCCAGUACUAUCCUCCACAUUUCUCUAGCCCCGACGAAGCAUCAGCAUUUGAGGCUGAUUGCAGAAAGACAUUUGCACAGUUAGUCCAGCUUUGCACCCCUUCAGUUCUUGAUGUAUGUUGUUUAAGUCAUGUAAUUCAGGUCAUUGCAUGUUAUACACAAAUUAUCAUGAUUGUUGUUAUGUAAAGAGAAAAAAGGAUCAUAAGAUUUACAUUAAUUUACAUUCUAUCUCUUACAAUCUUGUAUGACAAUUCGUUUACCAACUCAUAAAUCGUUGCUUGCUUUGUGGUCAGUGUACAAGUUACCGUUGCAUAGCUCAAGUCUUAUCGGUUCAUUCUUCAUGACGAUGGCAUUACCUGGGAUGUGCAUUCUGUGCUAAAACAGCAAAGGACUAUGAUGGUAAUAAUUAUUGGUGUGAUGAACAUCGAUAUUUGACGCCUCAGCAAACACAAAAUUGGUCAGCUUACAUUUCAGGCUCAUGACUUACUCUACAAUUUCAACACUAAAUUCACACCUAUUUUUAUUUCAAAUUGUAGCUAUAGUCUCCGAAUUGCUAUAGGAGAUAUAACUAGUUCAGCAUGCUUCGUUCUGUUGGGCAAAACCGCAGAAUAUCUUUUAGGGCCAACCGUUCCCGAAUUAUCUGCACAAUUUCCCAACAAACAUGACCUGCCUCCACAGAUUAUCGGGCUCAAGGGAUGCUCGUUUGCCUUUGAUGUUCAGCUUCUGAAACCUGGGUAUUUACAACACGGCUCUUUGGAAUUCACGAUUCUUUCUGUUGUGGAAGAAAAUUCACCUUCUCUGUAACAUCCACGCCAAUCAUAUUGUCACCUUUCUAUGCCUUAUUUCAUAGACUUUAUUUUCUGAUACCUAAUAGACUUGCCUAAAGUUGUGCACUGAAGUCGCUUAUAAUAGUACUUUUGUGAGUCAUGUGUUAUCUACCAACACCUCCUUUUAGCAUUUUAGACUAUAUGUGGAUAGGACUUUCCGAAGUGUAGCCUUUUGGCACGAUCUUUUUAUAUUAUGCACCCAUUCUUGGUCAUCCAGUGUCCUUUUUGUUCCUUUUUACCAUUUUCUAUUUGUUUCACCAACUAAUUUGCAUAAUAUGUCCUUAUUUUGUAUCAUUGUUACGCGAAGCAACGCGAGCGGGUCUGUCUAGUUGUUCAUCAUAUCACAAGUGAUGAUCAAUACCGUUUUGACACGAAUCGCAUGCUCGGAAUGAUAAUUAUGAAACAAGUGUAUUAAAUGCAUACAAAAAAAAUAAGUGCACCGAAACAAUACCAUAUACAUAUACUUUAAAUGGCAUGGGCUAACAUGAUACACAGUCCAAUACCUUUAUGGGAAAAAUCCCCUUUGGCCCAUUUGGAUUUGGUGAGUGAAUAAUUGUACAAAGUGGCGUGUGAAUGAAUCAGUUUCUCCCAGAAGUUCCACUAUGUGUCUUUUUGGGCAGAAUGAGAUGUUUAGUUGGUUGGUUGGCCCUUCCGUAUCUCCAAGUUCCACAAUAUCGUUAGCUCUGCCACUGCCAGCACGGCAGGCCAGAGCAUAUAGCGUACUACUAAAACAUUCGCGUAAUGUAAUUAAAAUGCCGACUAAUUAGCUUAGCUGCCGCGCAUGCAAUGCAAAGCACAUACCAAAGAAGGCAAAAAGGCAUGUGCAUGUUAGAUUGUCGCGAGCUUUUGCAGCCACCAGUUGAGGGAAAGGGAAGUAGGGCUCAAGUUCGGGUUAUGCCCCUGUCUUGUGGUACGACUGCAUCUGCCUGAUUAUCGGGCCAGAAAAUUAACGGCAUCUCUAAGUGGCAAUUGUCUCUCUCUCUCUCUCUCUCUCUCUCUCUCUCUCUCUCUCUCUCCAUAGAGAUCCAGAUAUUGCCCGAGAAGCCUAAUGCACGAUGAUGAAGGUCGAUCAAGCCCAACCAUGUUUUCUUAGCCAACAGAGAGGUGAUUUGAUAUAGACAUAUCAGCGGCCAAGACCCUGAAUCAAGGUGGCCGAAAACAACUAGAGCGAUUUGAACCCUCAUAGUCUGAUGUUAAUUAGAGUUCGGAUGUUGAGUGGAGUGAUGUCUCAAACCAAAGUCAAUUCAUUGGUUUGAAAUUUGUACAGGUUCGAAUAUUGUGUGCUUAACAAAUGUGUGGAUCGUUGAGAUUUGAACACAAGACCUAUCGGUCAUCGAAGACACUGGUAUCAUGUCGUAAUCAUCCAGUUUCAAUAACUCGAGUUGCUGGGAACAAUUCAUUCAUAAAAUCUUAUUAUGUCAUUUUUUUUUAUAAUGGUCUUAUCCAUUUACGAACACCAAACUCAUCGAACACAAGACCCGAUAGCAAACCAUAAAUUUAAAGGAAGUUACUUGAGAGUUCCCAAGCAUAAUACUUGACUCAUUCGAGUGGAAUGAAAGUUAGGUUAGCAUGCUAAUGCUCUACUACGUAAACGUCAAGUAGAACAAGCGAGAGUAAGUGCAAUGGUACACUAAUAUACCUACCGCGGCAGAAAGAGCUGCAACUCAAAACUUCGAAACUUAGUGCCAUCGCAUCCCAUCAUCCCCAGCAAAUUUUGCAAGAGCAAACAACUUGGUGCCAGCUGAAUUGUUGGUGAACAGAGUAUAAUGGUUUCCACCUACUGCUCUAGUGCUUUCAGUAGACAAUAUGAUAUUCACUGGCAGAGCAUGUAGUCAAUCUAGUGCGAUCUCACGAAAGUGAAGGUUCAAACUCGUGCGUCUUAAUUUUUGGGUUUUGGUACCGUGUUCUACGACAAGUGCAUUCUACGAUUGCUGCAUUUGCGGUUCGUGAGACCUAGUAGGACAAAAACACAGAGGUCACAUGGCGACAUGAAUCAAAUCGAUGCAACUGUCUUCACUAACCCAAGCGAGUCCAAGACGCAAUGCUUUCAUCCACGCCAACUAUGAUCCAUCAGACAACAAUCCCCAGAUUUCACCGCCUUUUUUGCCGCACGUUUCGCAAUGAUGUUUGGAAUAUUCCCUUCUCGGUCUCCAGCUUAAUAAUAGUCCCUCUCGCUUUCACAGUGUGUACCUUAAACGCAGCAUCGCUAAAAGUAAGCAACUAGAGCGUUAGUGCUGCUACCUCGUGAGCACGUUUCUGGGGAGAGGUUUCCUAGUCACAGACAAGACAGAUCACCUCCCAAAUGUCUCUUUUACUCCAUACAUGCUGGGACCGCACUGCAGCGUGGAUAGGGAUGGCAAAUUACCCACUCAUGGGUAAUUAUACCCAAACCCAAGUAGACCCAUUGAUAAUGGGUUGGGUAUGGGUGAAGUGCAUAUGGAUUUGGGGGUUUAUAGAUGGGUUUGGGUUUGGGUUUGGGGCUUCCAUAAUCUAAAUGGGUAUGGGUUGGAUAUGGAUAUCCAUUUACUUGAGGGUGUUUUAACUACACAAGCAAAAAUUGGACCUAUUUGCAAAACUUGAAAAGUUUAGGUACCAAAAUGUAAGACAAAAAAAUUUAGAUACCAAA